AUCAAUAAGCUUCGCCGCCGACAAAGACGCAUGGAGACGCAGACGCCCAUGACGAUGCCCAGCGACAUUGACAUUGACUCGGCGCCGAUCGGCAAGCAUCAUGCGCCGACGGUUGCGCCGAUCCGGACGCGGUCGCUCUCGAUCAACUCGUACGACACGGUCGACACGCCCAAGGCCAUCUCGGACGAGCAGCAGGACGCGUUCCGCAAGAAGCACGACGUGCACGACGAGGCGCCCAAGGCGCACGCACCGGCCCAUAUCGUGUCGGCCGUGAGCCCGCACAAGCUUGGCCAAAAGGCCAUUGUGAUGCCCAAGGCCAUGCACAUCUAAUACCCCGUCGUUCUCUCCAUGUACUCUACUCCUUUCCAUCAACAGCAACGUAGUACUAUUGCUAAACACAUGGGUCUUGUUUCUUAUGGCGACACGA